CACUGUUAGGUGGCACUGACUGGCACUGAUUGGCAGCACUGAUAGGUAACACUGACUGGCAUUGAUAGGUGGCACUGACUGCAACUGAUAGGUAACACUGAAAGGCAGCUAAGAUGGGCACUGAUAUGUGGCAUUGAUGUGCACUGGUAGGCACUGAUAUGUGGCAAUGAUGUGGUACUGGCAGGUGGCAUUGAUGAGCACUGACAGCUGGCACUGCUGGGGCUACACUGAUCAUCAGGGCACACUCAUCAUCAGUGCCCUGAUGAUCACUGUCAGCGUGACAGCUUGUGAGGAGAGAAAUGCCGAUAAACGGCAU